UCAAUUAAUAAAGAAAAAACAAUCUUGUGGUACUUUCACUUGUCCCCCCUGACCAAGUUAAAUCUUUUUAGGGUAAAAAGUCGCCACCGUGCCGUGCCCCCGCCUCCUUCUCCGCUUGUCUCGCAGACUAUUCCCGCCUCUAUGUCUCAGGUAGACAGCAGAAACUCGUCAGCUGCUAAGCGUGCUAGAACUGACGGGGGACGGAGAGAAGAUGAUUGGACCUGUCCCAGCUGCGGCAAUGUCAAUUUUUCAUUCAGGACUACUUGCAAUAUGCGUAAUUGCACUCAGUCUAGACCUGCUGAUCACAAUGCUAAGUCUGCCCCCAAACCUAUGCAACCGCAACACAGUUUCUCAUCACCGGGGCGAUAUUUAGGAUCUGGGGGUCCCUCUCCAGUACUUAUGGGCGGCUCGCCAUACGGCUCCUCUCUCUUUAACGGCUCCUCUAUGCCUCCUUAUGACGUCCCCUUCUCUGGGGGGUCACCUUAUCAUUUUAACUAUAACAGCCGGUUUCCUGCUGGGCCUCAUUACAGACCUUUCCAUAUGUCUGGACCACCUUCACCGUACCAUGGUCGGUCUAUGAUGGGAAGUGGAAUGUAUGGAAUGCCUCCACCACCCAUGGACAGGUAUGGCUUUGGGAUGGCCAUGAGUCCUGCUGCUGCCGCCGCUAUGAUGCCAAGACCAGGAGGGUACUUUGCGGAUGAAAAAUCACAAAAGAGAGAUUCAUCUCGUGAGAAUGAUUGGGCAUGUCCGAAUUGUGGUAAUGUAAACUUCUCGUUUAGAACUAUGUGUAACAUGAGAAAGUGCAACACUCCAAAGCAUGGUCCCCAGUUGCAGCAGGGUGGAAGCUCAGACAAAACCUCCAACCAAAAGGUACCCGAAGGGAGCUGGAAGUGUGAUAGCUGUGGAAACAUAAACUAUCCGUUCAGGAGCAAAUGCAACAGGCAAAACUGUGGAGCUGAUAAACCAGGGGAUCAGUCGAACGAAUCUCCUUCCAAUGCACCAGAAGAUAACGAUCAGUGAGUCGUGUAGACAAUGUUUGUGGGGGUUGAGAAGGGUGUCUGAUCCAGGAGGUGUCGGUAAUGUCUGUCAAAUGUUGCAGUGGUCGUCAGGUUGCUUCUAUGCAUUUGUCUCUUAAGCCUCUCUUUUGGGUCAGCUGUGUUGUACUAUUAAUGCAUAACUUGUUUGUUUUUGAUUUACUUUGUUGUCGUUAUGGAUCUUUGCUAUAGAAUCCUAACCUCUCCUCCAAGUCCA